AUGAAGUUCACCACCGAGAUCACCCUCCUCACCCUGGCCGCCGGCGCCUUCGCCGAGAUGCCCACACGGGUCCAGCGCGAUGUCCCCUCCGUCGUCGAGCGCGACCUGGCCACCAUCUCGGGCGUCAUCCAACAGGUCGACAACCAGCUCAAGAUGCUCAACACGGCCGUCCAGGGCUUCAACGGCGACAUCAACGGCCUCGCCACGGCGGCGGGCGGCUUCGUCAACACCCUCCAGCAGGGCACCCAGCAGGUCGAGGGCACGAGCGAGAUCACCCUCAACGAGGCUCUCAACCUCCAGCAGUUCGUCACGGGUCUGCAGUCGGACGGCAACGCCCUGAUCAAGGGCCUCAACGACAAGAAGCCCGAGUUCGAGAAGGCCAACCUCUGCGGCGUCAUCGUCUCCCAGGUCGACCAGACCGGCACCAGCGCGCAGAAGCUCAUCGACGCCGUCGUCAAGAAGGUGCCCCAGAGCGUCCAACAAGUCGCCGCCCAGCUCGCCGGUUCCUUCGCCAAGUCCCUGAGCGACGCCAAGGACAACUUCUCCCCCGGAAAGUGCAACAACGCCAACGGCAUGGGCGGCGGCAUGCAGAGCAACGGCACGAUGCCCCGCACGUCAAGCCCUGCCAAGGCCGGAGCCGGCACCGUGACGGUCAGCUUCGCUGCCGUCUUCGCUGCCGUGUUGUUGCUGUAA